UCUUUCCCAACACCAAAUUAAAAACUCUCUUCCUCCUCUUACUCUCUCUCUCUCUCUCCCUUUCUGUCUAUCUCAUUUAAUUCUCAGCCUUCGUAAUUUCCGUACCAUGGAUGAUGAUCGAACUACACGCGCCUCCGUCAUCAUUGUCGGUGCUGGCAUCUCAGGGAUAGCGGCGGCAAAAGUGCUGGCUGAAAACGGGGUGGAUGACGUGUUGAUAUUGGAGGCCUCCGAUAGGAUCGGAGGGAGGAUUAGGAAAGAACAAUUCGGCGGCGUCACGGUGGAGCUCGGCGCCGGUUGGAUCGCCGGCGUCGGCGGCAAACAGUCUAAUCCGGUUUGGGAACUCGCCCGGGAAUCCAACCUCAAAACCUGCUUUUCCGACUAUAGUUAUGCCCGUUACAACAUUUACGACCGAAGUGGAAAGAUAAUUCCAAGUGGAAUAGCGGCGGAUUCGUACAAGAAGGCUGUUGAUUCCGCAAUACAGAAGUUGAGUCAAGAACAGGCUUCCACUGCUCAUGAUGUUUCACUUCUUGCCGACUUGCCUUCUGCUCCAAAGACUCCCGUCGAGCUGGCAAUUGACUUCAUUCUACACGACUUUGAAAUGGCAGAGGUAGAACCAAUAUCAACAUAUGUCGAAUUUGGAGAAAGAGAGUUCUUGGUUGCUGAUGAAAGAGGGUAUGAGCAUUUACUCUACAAAAUGGCAGAAUCCUUUCUUCAUAUCUCGGAGGGUUACAUAUUGGACAGCCGUUUGAAACUCAACAAGGUUGUUCGGGAAUUGCAGCACUCGAGAAACGGCGUUUUGGUAACAACGGAGGAUGGUUGCCUUUACGAAGCUAAUUACGUGAUUUUGUCCGUUAGCAUUGGUGUUCUUCAAAGCAACCUUAUUUCCAUUAGACCUCCCUUGCCCAGAUGGAAAACAGAAGCAAUUAACAAAUGUGACAUUAUCACAUAUACAAAGGUGUUCUUGAAGUUUCCUUAUAAAUUUUGGCCCUGUGGGCCUGAAAAGGAGUUCUUCAUCUAUGCCCACGAUCGCAGAGGCUACUAUACCUUUUGGCAGCACAUGGAGAAUGCAUUCCCUGGGUCUAACAUACUGGUUGUGACAUUAACAAAUGAGGAAUCAAAGCGAAUCGAAGCUCAACCAGAUGGCGAAACGAUGAAAGAAGCCAUGGAAGUUCUAAGGAACAUGUUUGGACCAGAUAUACCGGAUGCAAUUAACAUAAUUGUACCGCGUUGGUGGAACAAUCGAUUCCAACGUGGCAGUUAUAGCAACUAUCCUAUCCAUGUAAAUCACCAGCAUUUUAAUGACAUUAAGGCACCAGUAGGAAGAGUAUUUUUCACAGGUGAACACACAAGUGAAAAGUUUAAUGGUUAUGUUCAUGGAGCUUACCUUUCAGGAAUAGAUACAAGUAAAGCUCUUUUAGAUGAAAUGAGGAAGGAUAAAGGAAGGAAAACAGAGAAUACUCAAGCUUUUCUACUGGAGCCCUUGCUUGCUUUGACAGGAUCAUUAACAUUGGCCCAACCUGAUGCAUUAUCAAAUUUGCACAAAUUUGAUUUGCCUAGACAAAUGUUCCUUCCAGAGCCCAUCUUAUGAUGUGAACAAAUGGAUGUUCUUGAUGUUUCAAGUCUGAGAAAUUGGGAACAAAAAUCACACACCAGAGUGAUCGGCCAGCAUUAACAGGAUUCUUGAUGAAGUUCAUGGCUUGACAUGGAAGAGGCCUGCAGGGGAGACCAUUAGUGUGAACAUGAUCUUCUAAUCAUUUAGGUAAGUAGUCAAAUUGUGUCUGAUUAACAAAUAGUUUGCUUUUGUUAGAGAUUGGGUUUGGGGGCACUAAGAUUUGUUCCUCCAAGGUAAUAGAGUUUCUGACCAAUUCAAAUGUAAGAAUAUGAUAGCAUUGUCUGAAUUGCAAUUCCAAAAAUCUGGCAGCAAUGUACUCUUGGAUGCACCAUUUUCCCUGGUUAGAAAUACGCUACACACUUCAAAUAACUAAUUCACUAGGCCUUAAUUAUACUGUGAUUUAAUGUGAAGCAUAAAUUAAAAGGGACUCAACAUUCGAGAUAUAAAGCUGGACAGAAUGAUCACUUAAAAGUUGGUGAUAGACUGAUAAUGUUUCUGGACGCUAAUCCAUCAUCUUAUUUGCAGACGUCUAAUAUUACUGUAGGAAAUAAUGCUAUUUAUAGGUGAAUGAGAAAUUCGUUUCUCAGAUGAUUGGAAAUAGAGUAUAAAUAUUAAUUGAUGAUUGACUCGUGUAAAGGUGCGG